GGGGGGAGCCUCCUUAUUUUCUUUCGAAGAGACGCGACUUUUGGCAUCCGUUUCUAACUCGUUAGGUUGUGCUCCUAAGCAUCCAUGUAUAUAUUCUAGGCAUUCGGUUCCUCCUAAAAUCAACCAUGGAUUCUUCUCCUAAACCCCACCAAUCAAUUCCAUCCAACGGUUUGAUUCAACAAUCCAACGGUGUGAUUUCAGUCAAGAAAAAGAAGAAGAAAAACAAGAAGGAACACUCAAUUCUUGAAUCAUCCAAUCAUCAUUUAACUCAAGAUUCUAGUUCUUUGUCUUCGACAACAUCAGCGACGUCGCAUUGGGGUCUUAAAAGUGGAGGCUUUAAUGUUUCUAAUCGGUCUAGGAACCCUAGAAAAGGGUUGGGUGGUUUUGUGCGCCCAAAUCAGAACGAUGUCGUUGGGGCUCUUGCACUUCCUACUGGAAUGGCCAUUGCUGCUGUGCUCUCUCAGGUACUGGAACAAAAAGAUGCUGCUGAAGAUAGGAUGUCCGUUGAUCAUCUUUCUCAGAUCUUCACCUUGGCUGUUGGAGAGUCUGUAUUCAAUGUUUUCGGGAACAAAUAUGACUGCUUUGUCCAAAACUUUGAGAAGUCAUUUCGGAGCACCUUGAUGACACUUAGAUUAGUCAAUGAAUCCUCUCAAAAUGAUGUAGGAGAGUACCUUAGAGAAUCAAAAACGGAAAAGUGUUCUGAUCCCACUUCAAGCAGAUAUUUGAGCAGGAAAGAAAAUUCUGCUCGCCAUACCCGUGAAAGUCGAUCAGAAGAAGUUCUAAACUUCAUUGACAGUCAGGGAGAACAGAAUACAUUGAAAGAAGACUGUGUCAACAAUCAGGAAGAACUGAAUACAUCUGAAGAAGAUGAAGUGAACACGCAGCCAAAUCUAUUGAGUCGCGCUCUUAGCCUGCAUGAUGGACAUAUGAACCAGCAGUUGAUGUAUUCUUCAAACACUAUGCCUUCUUUUGUGGAAGGAACCAUGCAGAACACACUGGAAAGAUCUGUUAUGGAGCAAGCACGAUCUAAUGAUCUCAAGGCAUUUGAGAUUGGUCUCAUCAUGAAAAAGAUGCAUUUGAAAGAAGCGCAGAUAGCUCUAAAUUCUGAUUCAAAUUUUUUGGAAAGGUUUAAGUUAUCAAUGGGUAUAUCAAAAGCAUCCUUUAAAGCUGAAAAGUUCGAAACUGAAUUAAAAGAUUCUAGACAUGCUGAUCUGCUCAAAACUUGCAUCGACUGUCUUGUUGCUGGUUUGCUAAUCAUGUUGGCUGCCCUAGCUUAUGGAACUUAUGUUUUUUCUCACCAAAGGCUUAUUGAAGCUACUGCAUCUUGUGAAUAUGUUCCAAAAUCAAAAUCUUGGUGGAUCCCACAGCCAAUGUCAUCUAUUAGUUCAGGACUCCAUACCCUGAGGUGUCAGGUUCAAGUUGUAUUCCGUAUGCUGUUUGGUGUUUUGAUGAUUCUAGCAAUCACCUACCUUCUCCUGCAGCGUUCCGGAACGUCAAAGCAGGCAAUGCCAGUUACUUUCAUACUCUUGCUGUUAGGAGUAGCUUGUGGUUUUGCUGGAAAAUUUUGCGUUGAUACAUUGGGAGGCAGUGGAAAUCAUUGGCUAUUUUAUUGGGAGGUUCAAUGUUUGUUGCAUUUCUUCUCAAAUAUCUGCACCCCAGCUUUAUACAUUAUACUUAAUGGGCCCAUCAGCGUGACUGAACGAUCCAAAAGUAGUAGAGUCUGCCCAUUUUGGAUUAGACGAUUCCUGUUUUAUUCUACUACACUUGGAGUUCUGCCUCUAAUUUGUGGCUUCAUUCCGUUUGCUGGCCUUGGGGAAUGGAGAGACCACUUCUCUUCGCUGAUUUUGGAUCGUUAUUAGAUCGAAACGGAACCACCUAAAUUGCAAGAUUGGGUUUCCUGUUAUCAGAAAAAUCAUGUCAGAGGUCAUUGUUGUUUUGAGGUAUCUGUUUCUGUUGUAAAUUAUAAGAUUUUGUUGCAGUCAACAAGAGAGUUCUGCCCCUAUAAUGGAUAUUUAUUUUAGUGAGGUGUGGCAGAAUUAGAUUAAGCUGUAUACUGCCUAUGCUGUAAACGGGGAUGGAUUUGUCGUGUUGGCAACAACUUCAUCGGCCGUACUGGUUUCAUCACCAAACUUUAAAAGAGCAUCCUAAGAUAACAAUCACUUGAUGUAACAAGUGAUGUGGCAUCUUAGGUACUCCCAAGGAUCUCAUCAUUCUGCCAGAGAACAAUAUGAAGUUGUGAGUGAAUGUGUUGUAAUUAGGAAAGUAGAAUUGUAUGACCUUGUAACAAGUUGAUUGUUGAAGCUAAUGGUUAUGCAUUGUUUCAAGUUAA